AUGGCGUCAAUGAAUGAAGGAGCAUUCUUAAGUUUGACAGGGGAUGCAGCGUAUAAGGCAAUAGACAAGUUGUCCGACAGCUCACAGCAGUGGAAUUUUUCAAGUUGUCGGGAUAAAUCUGCCCCACCUUACCCUAAAACGUUGCAAGCACCCAAGAAAGGAGGGAAGUUUGAGGACAUUCUGGUGGUGUUCAAGCAGGUCCAAAUCAAUAUCCCAUUUUUGGACGCCAUCCAACAAGUACCUUCAUAUGCCAAGUUCUUAAAGGACUUGAUUACAGUGAAGAGGAGGACGAAUGUUCCGAAGAAGGCAUUCCUGACCGAGCAGGUUAGUUCAAUCCUGCAAUGCAAGUUACCCCUCAAGUACAAGGACCCUGGAUGUCCCACUAUUUCUUGCAUGAUAGGAGUCAGCCAAGUUGAGAGGGCAUUAGUGGAUCUUGGAGCAAGUGUAAAUUUGUUGCCCUACUCAGUUUAUGUGCAGUUGGGGCUAGGAGAGUUGAGGCCCACUUCCAUGACACUGCAAUUAGUUGACAGGUCAGUGAAGGUUCCACAGGGAAUAAUAGAGGAUGUCUUGAUUAAGGCGAAUAAGUUUUAUUUCCCCGUGGAUUUUAUUAUGCUUGACACGGAGCCGGUUCCAAAUGUGGGGAGUCAAAUACCGGUGAUCUUAGGGCGACCAUUUCUAGCUACGGCUAACGCCCUAAUCAAUUGUAGGAUGGGGGUGAUGAAGAUUUCCUUUGGAAAUAUGACAAUGGAGCUGAAUAUUUUUCAUAUUAGAAAGCAACCAUUGGAAUAUGAGGAAAUGCAACAAGUAUGCUUGAUAGAGGAGAUCAUUGAGGAGGUUGUUGAAGAAUCAAGCAUAGAUGACCCCCUGGAGGCAUGCCUUGCUCAGUUUGGAGAAGAUUUGGACUUGGACAAAUUGCUUGAGCAAGCAGAUGCAAUUUUAGAGACUGCUUCUCUACUGAGCAGUGAGAAGGAGGAGACAUCAGUACUUGAUCCCCCCAAGAAGGAACUUAAACCUCUACCGGACACUCUCAAGUAUAAGUUCCUAGGUCCAGCAAAUUCAUUGCCUGUGAUUAUAGCUUCAGACUUGGUUGAUGCUCAAGAGGGCCAACUGCCUCAGCAGUGGGGGCGACAAGAUAGGUCCAAAUUUUUGUCCAUGGUGAAGCACUUUUUCUGGGACGAUCCUUACCUGUUCAAGUAUUGUCCCAAUCAGAUCAUUAGGAGGUGUAUACCUGAUGAUGCACUGUGGGCAUAUAGGACAGCUUUCAAGACCCCGAUUGAUAUGUCACCCUAUCGGCUUGUGUACGGGAAAGCAUACCAUUUUCCCGUGGAGUUGGAGCAUAGAGCAUAUUGGGCCGCACAGAUGAAGAAGGCUCAUGACUAG